UACAUAUGUAAAAUACUCGUCUAAGGACGCAUGUUUAGACAAAAGGUUACCAUUUACAUACACAUUCUUUCAAAUAAUGUUACUCUUUUGAAACGUAAGUAACUCUUAAUUCAGUAUUAGGUAGACUGUUAAAAAUUUGGUAUAGUCACAUAUCCAUAUUCAUACAUACUUCAUAAUAGUAUUUAAUUGGUAAUAACUCUUUACCGGAAUUGUAGUAGUUUAUUGCAACAAUACUAAACAGUAAUUCCCGUUAUUACCAUUAUCGGCUCUGACUUUAUAGAUUUGUACGUCAUUUAAUCCAGAUUUUAAAAUAAGAUAAAUUCAGAAGAAUCUUAAGUUGAUAACGGAUAAAGUUUCCUCUGGAUUUAGUAUAGUUUACGUAAUAUAGAAUUCAGAUAACAUGUAGCUACGUUUCAAAAAGGUAACAUUAUUUUUACGAGUGCAUGCUGCAUUUAUACCCGGCUGUCCAUUAUUUGGGAAAAAUGAGGUGUCAAGUUUUGCAUAUUCGCGUAUCUUGGAGAGAGCUUUGUCAAGGCGUAGUUAGAGAACUGAUUGGAUCCUGCCUCCUGAUCGUGGUCGGGUGUGGAAGCGUGCUCUCGGCAAAUUUUAGUAAUCCUAAAGUAUUCAAUGUCACUGGGGUCGCACUUUGUUGGGGGAUGAUGAUAGCGUCGCUGGCUUUUACUUUGGAGUGCCACAUGAACCCCGCUGUGUCAUUUGCGCUCGCAUCAACCGGACAAAUUCCUCUGUUAACGUGUGCCCUCUACAUUGUGGCGCAAUGUAUGGGGACAACUCUGGGGGCACAGAUUCUGGUGGGUUUCACCCCCAAAAAGUUUACCUGGUCGUUGGGAGUGACCCAGUUGGCGAAGGGCGUAUCACCCAUGCAAGCCCUUGGAAUGGAAUUCAUCUCCACUUUCCUUCUUCUUUUAGUGGUUUCUGCUGCAAAUGAUACGUCACGCGGUACCAGCGAGCAACCGGGAGGCACCUAUAUGAGCACUUCCUUGAAAUCCGUAUCAUCAAAUUUAGUGGUUGGAUUAUGCGUAUCAGCGCUGAUACUGUUCUUUGGACCUUUCACUGGCGCUAGUAUGAAUCCCGCCAGAACUUUUGGGCCAUCCUUUAUCACCGGAAAUUGGAAGAAUCACUGGAUCUAUUGGCUUGGCCCGAUACUCGGAGCUUUCACGGGGGUCGUCUGCUACCAUUUCUUAUUCCAAACCCCACAAAAAUCCAACACUCGUGAACCACCAGUUAUAAAAAAUGAAAGCAAUGGCCAUAUUCCCCGAGUAGAGGAAAAAGGCAUUCACUGUGUGACCCUGGGGGCGUAAAUACUCGAACAUUUCCAAGCAAAAGCAUGCAUACAAAUGUACGUCCUUCACCCACCAGGAUUUUGUUCCCGUACACUUUGAAUUUACCGCGAUUUACAUGCUAAAAAUCGGAAAAAUAACGUUUUAACUUCUCUAUUUAACGUAGCGUGUUCAUCUUAUUUUUUUCUUAAGUUGGUAAAUACUGCAAACCUUUCAUAAGUUUUGAAUAUUUCAUUCUACAUCCGUGUUGGAAUGUGAAGUUGAAAGUACAUGCACAAAUUCGUCCAAAAACUAGUCGAUCAAUAAAUAUAUGCAGGAAACU